AAAACACACCAACACCAAUCCAGCUGUAACGCCACCACGUGUCGCUUUCUUUCCUCCCCAUGCCCUUCGCACCCCGACGCUGUACCACGCACACCACCACCGUACUCUCUCUCUCCCUCCACAGGUGAAAGACACUACACCGCACAUUUCUGCGUAUCAUUCUCUCUCUCUCUCUCUCUCUCUCUCUCUCUCUCUCUCAUACUGUGCGUACGCAUCCGUAUACAUGCACAAGCAAACGGCGACGGCCACCACGAAGGCCCCGCCGGGAAACGCGACCACGACGUCGCACGACGAUGACCCGCCCUACGACCUCGAAUUCCGUUCUUCCGUCGACGACGCGUGGUAUACCGCCCGAGUCGUGCUCGAAGCCCCCGACACGCUCGUCGUGAAGUUCCUCGACUUCUACGAGUGGAACGACGAGAGGUUCUCCGCCGGGGACUUUCGCAGCGCCGAGGCCAUCGACGAGUUCCUCGGGAAAGUACGGCCGCUGUCGCAGCAGUUGCAGGACAACCAGUGCUCCAGGGUCAUCGAAGGGAUGACGGUUUGCGCGUCGUUUACGUUCGUAACCGACGAGAUCAAAUUCUACGACGCCGUUGUUGAAGCGGUUCACUAUGUGGAGCAUUCAUUUGCAAAAGAAGAGGAGGAAUGUUUGUGCUCCUUCUUGCUAUUCUGGCAACACGGGCCAAAUGAGGGUAACGUAACGUCUGGCAGUAUUGCAGACAUUACCCUAAUCCAGCAUUUUUCGCAAUUACAUUCUACCCUGGCAUCCUUUGUAAAGAUGGCAAAGGAGAAAGUUAAGGUUACUUCAUUUGCAUCAGGUUCUGUUUGUGAUGCUAAUGCUUUAACUUUUAAAAAUGUCAAGCUUGAGAAAGAAGAUAAUCAUUUGUCAAAUGACCGGAAGUCUAGUUUAUCUCAAAAUGGACUCCAGAUCAAGAAUGGUGUUAGGCAGUCUGGUAGCUUUUUACCGACAAGAGAAGACACAGGAAACAGCAGAAAAUGUCAUGAAGCAAACCGUCAAGAUAAAGAUUUAGGAGGAUCUAAUAUGGGAGAAACUGGCAACCACCAGUUUAUAUUAAUUGAGAACUUGGAGCUAGAUUUGUCCCCAUCAUCAAUUAUGGAAUUCAUUCAUAAGCAGACGUCUAUCUCAACAGAAGCAUACGUAUUUCCAAAUCUAUUAUCAGAAUCUUUCACGAGGGGGGCAAUUGUAGUGGAAUGUAAGAAGAAGCUUAAGAAGAUAUAUGACUUUUUGAAUAAUCCUGAUCACAUUGUCACGUCAUCAAGGGGAAGGCCUUGGUUCAUAACCGAAAAGUUUUUAAGGUGUGGAACCUUUAGGGCUACUGGGAGCCUAAUGCCAAUAUCUCAGAGCAAGUUCAAGAGCAGAAGUAUCGAUGAUGAACUGAAGGUUGAACAAAGAGGCGGUAAAGAAUACAACAGAGCCAAGCGUCUAAGGGAAGUAUUCAUGGAUUUUGUAGAACACCAACAGGGACUUCACAAGAGUUUAGUCUUGGAGGAGAAAAUGAUCUUGCAGCCAUCAGGUGAAGUUUAGCUACCACAAGCAACUUCUUGGGUCUUGGGAAACGUGUUAUUACAUUGAGACAGAUUGAUCAAAGUUGCUGCAAUGAUGACUACUCUUGUAUUCAGAGAUAUCAAGUUUAUUUUGCUUUCAGUCACCCAACCAAUCUCCACCAUGUCUACAUCUCUUCGUAGCCAUUCUGGACAUCCGCAACUAACACGUCGUAAAUGUUCAGCUGAUAUACGUACAUAUACGGUAUCGCAUUGUGCUCUCAUUAUUGUCACAGCUGAAAAGGCAUGGGAACUGAGAGGUGCUCAAUGCGUAGUUUAGGUUAAGAUACAAAUGUUGUAAAUACACGUGCCUGGCAGUGAAUCCUUUUUUCUUAAGGCUGUAAAAGUAUUAUUCUGAAGAAUGUCUCGAGUUAAAAGAGAUGAUGGAAUACACUGUUCUCCUUUGAAGCU